GGCCAAUCCUGACAGCAUAUUAAUAUGCCCAGUUCUCCUAAAUGCCAUCUCAUGACACUUCCCUGCUACUCAGUCUGUCAGUAGUUUUCUCACUGAACUUGGAAACGGAGGUCGAUAUAAAAAGAAAAAGAAAAGAACACCUCGCCAUAUCCCAGUUUACAUAUUUUUUUUCUGUCCACAGAAGGUGUCCCCCUAGUGGCAACAGCAAAAGCAAAGCUGGCGUGUCUCAAUCUCGUGAGAUCGCACACAGGCACAGGACCAUUUGUUUUCCGUCUUUUCACUCUGUAAUAGCUCCUGCUUCUAAACAGUAGGUUGGGACAGUUGGAAGUCUAUCAUUUUACAAAAUGUUGCCAUUCAGUCUCUCACCCACCUUUUCCAUGGGAUUUCAUCUCCUAGCCAUCGUGGCUCUCUUAUUUUCCCAUCUGGACCAAAUACAUGCUGAGAGUGAAAUGGAAGGAGAAGCAAACAACACUGGUGAAUGUACCGGCUCAUAUAUCUGCAAGAAAGGGGUGAUUUUACCCAUUUGGGAGCCACAAGACCCUUCUUUCGGGGACAAAAUUGCGAGAGCGACGGUGUAUUUUGUCGCCAUGGUCUACAUGUUUCUCGGAGUAUCUAUCAUUGCCGAUCGGUUCAUGUCCUCCAUAGAGGUCAUUACGUCUCAAGAAAAAGAAAUCACCAUCAAGAAACCCAAUGGAGAGACCACCAAGACGACGGUCCGGAUCUGGAAUGAGACCGUGUCUAAUCUCACCUUGAUGGCCCUGGGCUCUUCGGCUCCCGAGAUUCUCCUCUCCGUCAUUGAAGUGUGUGGCCACAAUUUCAAUGCAGGAGACCUGGGUCCUAGUACCAUUGUGGGAAGUGCUGCCUUCAAUAUGUUCAUCAUCAUCGCCCUUUGCGUUUAUGUGGUCCCUGAUGGAGAGACCAGGAAGAUUAAGCAUCUGCGUGUGUUCUUUGUGACCGCAGCCUGGAGCAUAUUUGCCUAUACCUGGCUUUACCUUAUUUUGUCUGUCAUCUCCCCUGGCGUCGUGGAAGUCUGGGAAGGUUUGCUCACCUUCUUCUUCUUUCCCAUUUGUGUGGUGUUCGCCUGGGUAGCAGAUCGGAGGCUUCUGUUUUACAAAUACGUCUACAAGAGGUAUCGGGCUGGCAAACAGAGGGGGAUGAUUAUUGAACACGAAGGAGACAGGCCGUCUUCCAAGACUGAAAUUGAGAUGGAUGGGAAAGUGGUCAAUUCUCAUGUGGAAAACUUCUUGGAUGGUGCCUUGGUGCUGGAGGUUGGUGAGAGGGACCAAGAUGAUGAAGAGGCGAGGCGAGAAAUGGCUAGGAUUCUGAAGGAGCUCAAGCAGAAGCAUCCCGAGAAAGAAAUCGAGCAGCUGAUAGAAUUAGCUAACUACCAAGUCCUAAGUCAGCAGCAAAAGAGCCGAGCAUUUUACCGUAUUCAGGCUACUCGUUUGAUGACCGGAGCUGGCAACAUUUUGAAGCGGCACGCAGCUGACCAGGCAAGGAAAGCCGUCAGCAUGCAAGAGUUCAACCCUGAAGUGGCAGAAAAUGAGCCGGUGAGUAAGGUCUUCUUUGAGCAAGGGACCUAUCAGUGUCUGGAGAACUGUGGCACUGUUGCCCUGACCAUAAUGCGCAGAGGUGGUGACUUGACCAACACGGUCUUCGUUGACUUCAGAACCGAGGAUGGCACAGCCAAUGCUGGAUCCGAUUAUGAGUUCACUGAAGGCACUGUCGUCUUCAAGCCUGGGGAGACUCAGAAGGAAAUCAGAGUUGGCAUCAUCGAUGAUGACAUCUUUGAGGAGGAUGAGAAUUUCCUCGUGCACCUCAGCAAUGUCAAAGUGUCUUUGGAAGCUUCAGAAGAUGGCAUACUGGAAGCCAAUCACAUUUCCGCACUGGCUUGUCUCGGCUCGCCCUCUACUGCCACGGUGACGAUUUUUGAUGACGACCAUGCUGGCAUCUUCACGUUUGAGGAGCCCAUGACACACGUGAGUGAGAGCAUUGGCAUCAUGGAGGUGAAAGUUUUGAGAACGUCCGGAGCACGAGGAAAUGUUAUCGUUCCUUACAAAACCAUUGAAGGGACUGCCAGAGGUGGAGGAGAGGACUUUGAGGACACGUGUGGAGAACUCGAGUUCCAGAAUGAUGAAAUUGUCAAAACAAUAUCAGUCAAGGUAAUUGAUGAUGAGGAAUAUGAGAAAAACAAGACCUUCUUCCUUGAGAUUGGAGAACCCCGCCUGGUGGAGAUGAGUGAGAAGAAAGCCCUGUUAUUGAAUGAGCUUGGUGGCUUUACCAUAACAGAAAAAUACCUGUAUGGCCAACCCGUCUUCAGGAAAGUACACGCUAGAGAGCACCCUCUUCCCUCCACUGUAAUCAACAUUGCAGAGGAAUGUGAUGACAAGCAGCCGCUGACCAGCAAAGAGGAAGAGGAGCGGCGCAUUGCGGAACUGGGGCGCCCCAUCCUGGGAGAGCAUGCCAAGCUGGAAGUGAUCAUUGAAGAAUCCUAUGAGUUCAAGAGUACCGUGGACAAACUCAUUAAGAAGACAAACCUAGCCCUCGUGGUUGGCACAAACAGCUGGAGGGAGCAGUUUAUCGAAGCCAUCACUGUCAGUGCCGGGGAAGAUGAUGAUGACGAUGAAUGCGGGGAGGAGAAGCUGCCCUCCUGCUUUGACUACGUGAUGCAUUUUCUGACCGUGUUCUGGAAGGUCCUCUUUGCCUUCGUCCCCCCGACAGAAUACUGGAACGGCUGGGCAUGUUUCAUUGUAUCCAUCCUCAUGAUUGGCCUACUGACAGCGUUCAUUGGCGACCUGGCUUCCCACUUCGGCUGCACCAUUGGCCUGAAAGACUCCGUGACAGCAGUGGUGUUCGUUGCACUUGGAACUUCAGUGCCAGACACAUUCGCCAGCAAAGUGGCCGCCACCCAGGACCAGUAUGCGGAUGCAUCCAUAGGUAACGUCACAGGCAGCAACGCAGUGAAUGUCUUCCUGGGAAUCGGCGUGGCCUGGUCCAUCGCUGCCAUCUACCACGCAGCCAACGGGGAACAGUUCAAAGUGUCCCCUGGCACGCUAGCUUUCUCUGUCACUCUCUUCACCAUUUUUGCUUUCAUCAAUGUGGGGGUGCUGCUGUAUCGGCGGAGGCCAGAAAUCGGAGGUGAGCUGGGUGGGCCCCGGACUGCCAAGCUCCUCACAUCCUCCCUCUUUGUGCUCCUGUGGCUCUUGUACAUUUUCUUCUCCUCCCUGGAGGCCUACUGCCACAUAAAAGGCUUCUAAAGGAACAAUCAGAUGUAGUAAAUUUAUAUAUAUAUAUAUAAAUAUAUAUACAUAUAUAUACAUAAAGAUUUAUGUAUAAUGAACAGAGGAAACUGACAUGUGUCAUGUUCACUUACCUGCUGGUGGAACCCAGCUUCAAGAGCAUACGCUGUACUAUGGCCGAAGUAAGAAACCACCUUCCACCCCAGGGGCAUCGUCCUGUCGAACAAGGCUUGGAGGCACAGCCGUCUUUGCAGCUCGGCCUAGAAGGCGUGUACUCUCUCUCGGUGGAUGAAACGUGCAGGCUUUGACCUGUCCUCUGGUUUUUGCUUUUCUUCUUGGUGGGGUUGGAGAGGGGGUACAUUUUUGGCUUUUGGUGUGUUUUAUUUUGUUUUGUUUUGUGGGGCAGGUCGGGGUUUCUGCCUCUUUUUGUAACAGGUGAAGACAAAUCCCAAUGUGGGUGAGUUUUUGACAAAAAAACAAAAACAAAAAAUCUUAAUCAUUAAGUUUCCCCUCUCCUCCCCUCAACUUUCAAAAACUGUGUUCAGAGUUCAGAAAGUAUCUGGGCAUGGAAGAAGAAAGAAACCUAUCUUCACUAUAUUACCAAGUUUUGUGCUUAUAUCUUGAAUUUGAACAGAGGUCAAUCUGCCUUCAGAAAACAGCACAGGAGUCCGACAGAACCCGGAAAAGUGAUGCUUCUGGAAAUAGUCUGAUAGCGAAAGAUAUGAUGCCUGGGACUCUGGUUCAACAGGUACAGGGGUCACGUGCUUAGAUUCCUAGGACAUGCAAAGUCCUUUAGUUCUUAACUUUUUAGCUCUGGACAAUGGUUAGCAAGGUUCUGACUCUGGUGUCCCAGCCCGGAGACCCCCGCUUCGAUCCCCCAUGUCCACCCCCCUCUUCCUCCUCUCCAAUCCCACCAACAGGAAGAAUAGCUCUACUAUCAUCCUGUAUCCAUUUGCAUCCCUAUGUGUCCCAGGUCCACAUUGUGGCUGCCCGGGACUGUCUGUCAGUUUUCUUUUGAAACACAUCCAUGGCCUGCACCUCCCUGUCCCAAUCCCAACCGAACAUUUGCUCCUUCCUCCUUCUUGUGCCUGUUUGGGAAUGUUGUGAUACCUGUUACACAGUGCAUGGAUGAAAAACAAAACAAAGCGUAUCUGUAUAUAGUAGAGUAGAGCGUAGACUGUUCUCCCAUUUCCACCACGUUGGUUGGCCAUUGCAGCCAUCAGUGAGUGUUCUUUGUACCUGAGUUGUUGUUUUGUGUUGUUCUUGAGUUUCAUUAUGACUAGGGAUAAGAAGAGAAAAUGGCUUCUAUAUAUUAUUUGUGGAGCUGCACAUUCAUUUCUAAGAAGCAAUAACGGUCACAUGGGGAGCUAGAGUCAUGGGGAGGAGAGCUGGAAGCCCCCAGAGUCCCUUCAUGGAAAAGUAACCAUGUGGACACAUCUGAGGCCUCUCACAGCCACGGGCUGUUUCAGGAAGGCCAAGGAAAGGCGCUCUAGGGCAGUAGAUGAGUUAGAUGUGCCUGGGCUGUGAAAGCCCACUGCCCCCACCCUCAGCCCAUUUCAUUGAUACCACUGCCCCAGUGUAUUUAUUUCACAUCUGCUCUGUCUGGCACAGAGGGUAGAGAGUGCAGGUUUGUUCAUUUUACUUUGUUCUGUAAACGGCCAUUUUGAGCCCCGCUUCUUUCCCUGUGCAGACCCCUCUGAUUGUAUCUACUGUCCCUCGGAAGACGUCAGGGUGAUCCAGGGGCCACUCAGAGCCUGCCUCCUCUGCAUAUGACUAAAGAGUAGCAAUUAGAUGAGGAGAUCAGUGUCUCCCAGGGGGAUUGCACCAGGAGGAUUCUUUUUGACCCAACAAUAGACAAGGAAUGGCUCUUAUUUCAGAAUACCAAAGAGUGUAGCUAAGCCUUGCAAAGUGGUGAGCCCAUCGAUGAAGUGAAAUGGGAUGUCCGUGACCGCCUCUCUCUCAGUAGCUUCUCUGUCUACAGGGAACCCCAAGCCACACUUUCUGGGUCCUAUGUUUUAAAGACACUUAAGAAAUAAAACUGUUGGAACUUAUCUUCUUUCUCCAAGUUCCCAGAAUCUUUAAUGAGUAAACAUUUGACAUCUGAAAGCAUAAAUUAAAUCAAAACUCUUAAAUGAAAUGUGCAUUACCCAUGCAAUAUGCCAGGAACUGUGUUCCCUCCUAGGUAUUUAACCAGAAACCAGACAGCCCUCCCCAUACCCGUCCUCAAGGAGAUUGCAAUUAAUGUGACUGCUAAUUUCCAUAAGUAAAAGUGAACACGACCUACGGAAACAACUUCAUCUUGCAAGGGAAACCAAAUUCAUACUUUUUGUAUGAAUUCCAUUGUCCAAAAAUAUAAAAUGUAGAUUUAGAACAGAACCAAACUUAUCCUUGGCAACAAAGUGGGUAAUCAAGAUCAGUGAGAAGACUCACUGGGUCCCAGUCUUUAUCUUUGUCUGGUAACAGCACCUUUCUACCCCCAACCCCGCCCAACCUUACCUCUGCUCCACAUCUCUGCCUGACCUGCACUGAUGGCCUCUCUCCUUUCUAGUCCAUUCUUGUUGGGGGGCAGUGCUUUUAUUUUCUUUAUUUGUUGGUAGUGGUUUUUGUUUGUUUGUUUGUUGUUUUGAGAUUUACCUAGUAGAAAGCUAACCUAGAAACACCAAGUCAACCUAAAUCGUUUAAAUAUUAGACGGGUUUUGCACUCCUCUUUUGUCACAGCUGAAUGGCAGUCACCCCCGUAGGGAAUUUUCACAAAGGACUUUUAGAAAUUCUUGCUGUGGGUCAAUUUCGAUUUCAAAGCUUUUGGGGUUUGUUUUUAAAUUCUCAUGCUAUAGGGAAAAAGCCGAUGCUGGUUGUUCCAGGGUUGUUGUUAAUUAUCAUAGUUGUGUAAAAUAAUUUCAUUUUGUUUGUUUGAUUAUUUCAUUUUGUGUGUAUUGUGCACAGCUUUAGGGGGGAAAGUGCACUAAUUGUGCUGUUCCUUAUAAAUGGUACACGUUAUUGACACAGACAAAUAAAGUUUCUAAUUGUUUCUGAUUUAA